AUGGGACCGGUUUGGGCUGCUAUAUUGGACCACUUAGCAAAGGACUCAAUCGGGAACUGCUUGACCCGAUCAGAGCCAACUAGAAUCGGACGGUUUGCUCGAAAACCAUAUCCGGGUGGAACUGGUCCAAUAACAUUUGAAACAAAAUUUAAUCCUACUGCAGUCUUUCAUUCCGCCUCUUCCCCAUUUGAUUGUAUCAUCUUCGAUUUGGACGACACCUUGUAUUCAUCCAAAACUGGAAUUGGUCAAGCUCUUAAACGAAACAUUGACGAUUUUCUAGUCGAGAGAUUCGGAUUUCCAGAAUCGCAAGCUCCAACUCUUCGAGCAGAGCUCUUCAAAAUUUACGGAAGCUCCCUUGUUGGUCUUAGGUCAUUAGGCUAUGAUGUUGAUGCCGACGAUUAUCACAGUGUCGUGCACGGAAGAUUGCCGUAUGAUUUGAUCAAACCAGACGCUAGAUUGCGAAACCUCCUACAAACCAUUAAACAAAGGAAAAUUAUUUUUACGAAUUCUGAUAGAAUCCACGCAAUGAAAGCAUUGGAUCGUCUCGGAAUCAAAGACUGUUUCGAGCAAAUCAUUUGUUUCGAGACAAUGAAUCCAAAUCUAUCGAAAUCAACUACUCCGGUGGUGUUGAAGCCUUCAAUGGAGGCCAUGAAGAUUGCAAUUGAUGUUGCAGGUGUUGAUCCACGGCGCACGUUGUUUUUGGAUGACAAUGCGAAAAAUGUUGCUGCUGGGAAGGCUGUCGAGCUCCAGACAGUUCUGGUUGGGAAAACAGUCAAGAGCAAGGAAGCAGAUUAUGCAUUGGAAUCAAUCACUAAUUUAGUCCAAGUAAUCCCAGAAAUAUGGUUUAGCGAAGAGGAUGAUCAAAUGAUUAGCCACAUCAAAAAUGAAAUGGAUUCCAUUCCAUCAGCCACAACUGUUGGUGCUUAA